AUGAGCACCUCUAUGGCCAGCAGACUAGUGCCCUCCGUAUCGAGGAUUGCGACGAGGCGAGUCGCUGUCAAACCACUGGCAACGACGUCUCGAGCAUGCCAAUGGAACGCCUGCGCAUUCAGGAGGACAUUUUCCUCGAGGCCUGCUUUAUACAUCAAAAAGUACACCGAAGACCACGAGUGGAUUGAACUGGACACCGAUGGAAAGACAGGAACGAUUGGUAUCACGGAAUACGCGUCGAAAGCUCUCGGUGACGUCGUUUAUGUCGAACUCCCGGAGCUAGAUAUGGAGGUCAGCAAAGGCGACACCAUCGGUGCGGUCGAGUCCGUCAAGUCGGCAUCCGACAUCUUGACUCCUGUGUCGGGAAAGAUUGUAGACCACAACAAGGUGCUAGAAGAGAAGCCAGGGACGAUAAACAAGAGCCCCGAGGGUGAAGGGUGGCUGGCCAAGAUUGAAGUCAGUGACCUCACGGAGCUGGACAGCUUGAUGAGCAAGGAAGACUACGACAGCUUUGAAAAGGAGUGA